AUGGUUGCCAUAACAUCUAAGAAAAAGGUCAGUAGUUCUCACAUUCCAUAUGAACUCGCUUUAUGUAUACUUUUUAAAUUGCCUCUUAAACCGCUAAAGCGAUUCACAUGUGUUCAAAAAUCAUGGUCUCUUUUAUUUCAAAACUCUCAAUUCAUGAACAUGUUCCACACAAAUUUCUUCAAAUCCAAAACUAAUGAGGAUUCUCAAAACACCUCGCUUCUCAUACAUUUUGCAAAUUUUGUAAAGGGUAAAAUACCCGUCGACGAGUUAUUGUCUAAGCUUUCCGGUGAUAGGUUUGAGGAUAUGGUUAUAAUAGAUUGGCCACCUCCUUUUGCAGAGGAUCAUAUAUAUAUGGAAAUGUUAGGUUCUUCCAGUGUUAAUGGCGUUAUUUGUCUCUACCAAGAUCGUGGCCAUGAAUCACCAAUUGUAUUAUGGAACCCUGCUACCACAGAAUUCAAGGUCAUUCCUCCUAGCUUUCAAGUAUAUAAUGAGAACAUUGAGUUUAACCCUCCUCCUAGUGCAUUUGGUUAUGAUUAUGUUACAGAUGACUACAAAGUGCUUCGGGAUGUUAUUUUACCUGAAGACUCUCCCUAUAAAUUUUCUAAAGAUCCGUGGUUGUUUUUGCCUGAGAAGGAUAGUCCUUUUUGGGAGCUUUUAAUGAAUGACGAUGACAUCUUUUGGUUGGAGGUAGAGUCCAAAUAUAUUUACGCCGACCCUUUUUGGGAGAUAUAUAGCCUAAAAAAUAACAAUUGGAGGAAACUCAAUGACAUUGAUAUGCCAUUGGUAUCGGGUUCUCGAGUAAACUCAAAUGAAUUGUGUCAUUUUUUGGGGUUUGAAGAUAAAAUGUUUUCAUUUGACUUUAGCAAUGAGAAGUUCAUUCUAACAGUUUUACCCUCAGAUUCAAAUUUCAAGUUUCAUGAUGAUAAUUACAAACACCUCCUGAUAUUAAAUGAGUCAGUUGUUUUCGCUUGUUAUGAUGGCAAAAAUGAUUAUCAUAUAUGGGUUUUGGGUAAACUUGGUGUAAAAGAAUCAUGGACUAAACUCUUAAAUAUAGGACCUGCAAAUGACCUUGGAUAUCCUAUUGGAGCAUGGAAGAACCACAUAUUCUUCUCCCAUGGUCAUAACAUAGUCCGGUAUAAUUUAAGUACCCAAAAAUUUGAGAAAUUUGAACUUUAUGUAUGGAAAGUUAUCAGUUAUAAGGAAGUUCUUCGUUCUAUAGAAGGAAUGAAAAAUUAA